AUGAUGUCCAGAUCGUACACCAACCUCCUCGACCUCGCGUCGGGGAACUUCUCGGCGCUCAGCCUCGGCGGCCGGUCGCGGCGGAUGUCGCGCACCAUGACGGUCCCCGGCUCGCUCUCUGGGCUCGAUGAGGACGACGACCGCGCUAUCAGCGUUUCCUCCGACGUGCCCUCCUCCAUCGCCCAGGACCGCGUCAUCAUCGUCGCUAAUCAGCUUCCUGUCCGCGCCCGCCGUCGUCCCGACGGCCACGGCUGGUCCUUCGCCUGGGACGAUGACUCUCUGCUCCUCCAGCUUAAGGGCGGCCUCCCGGACGACAUGGAGGUCCUCUACGUCGGCUCCCUCCGCGUGCACGUCGACCCCCGAGAACAGGACGAGGUCGCACAGGCCCUCCUCGAGCGGUUCCGGUGCGUGCCGGCCUUCCUCCCUGCCGACGUCAACGAGCGGUUCUACCACGGCUACUGCAAGCAGGCGCUGUGGCCUCUCUUCCACUACAUGCUCCCCUUUUCCUCCUCCGAGCACCGCGCAGGCGGCCGCUUCGACCGCGCCCUCUGGGAGUCUUACGUCCUAGCCAACAAACUCUUCUCACAGCGGAUCAUCGAGGUGAUCAACCCCGAGGACGACUACAUCUGGAUCCACGACUACCACCUUAUGGCCCUCCCCACCUUCCUCCGCCGCCGCUUCAACCGCCUCCGCAUGGGCUUCUUCCUCCACAGCCCCUUCCCCUCCUCGGAGAUCUACCGCACUCUCCCCGUCCGCGAGCAGAUCCUCAAGGCCCUUCUCAACUGCGACCUCAUCGGCUUCCACACCUUCGACUACGCACGCCACUUCCUCUCGUGCUGCAGCCGCAUGCUCGGCCUCGAGUAUCAGUCCAAGCGGGGCUACAUCGGCCUAGACUACUUCGGCCGCACCGUCGGCAUCAAGAUCAUGCCCGUCGGCGUCCACAUGGGCCAGCUGCAGUCCGUGCUCCGCCUGCCCGAUAAGGAGCAGCGGGUCGAGGAGCUCCGGCGGCAGUUCGAGGGCAAGACCGUGCUUCUGGGGGUCGACGACAUGGAUGUCUUCAAGGGGAUUAAUCUGAAGUUGCUCGCAUUCGAGCAUAUGCUGAAGUUGCACCCCGAGUGGCAAGGGCGGGCGGUCCUGGUCCAGAUCGCCAACCCCGCACGCGGCCGAGGGAAGGACGUCGAGAACAUACAGGAGGAGAUAGUGCAGAGCUGCGAGAGAAUUAACAAGGCUUUCGGGAAUAAGGGGUACAGUCCGGUUGUGUUCAUCGACCGCCCUGUUCCCCUCGUCGAGAGGAUCGCGUUCUACACCAUUGCCGAGUGCGUGGUGGUCACGGCGGUCAGGGAUGGCAUGAACCUCACUCCCUACGAGUACAUUGUCUGCAGACAGGGCAUCUCUGGUGCUGAUUCGAGUUCCAUGGCAGAGUGCCCAAGGAAGAGCAUGCUGGUGGUCUCCGAGUUCAUCGGUUGCUCCCCGUCGCUGAGCGGUGCCAUUCGCGUCAACCCGUGGAACUUCGAGACCACGGGCGAGGCGAUGAACGAGGCCAUCGCGGUCUCCGACUCGGAGAAGCAGCUGCGGCACGAUAAGCACUACAAGUAUGUCAGCACCCACGACGUCAGCUUCUGGUCCAAGAGCUUUCUGCAUGAUUUGGAGAGGACCUGCAAGGAUCACUUCAGGAGGAGAUGCUGGGGGAUCGGUCUGGGGUUUGGAUUCAGGGUGGUGGCUCUCGAUCCCAAUUUCAGGAAGCUCAGCGUGGAUGGCAUCGUGUCCGCCUACGACAAGGCAAGGAGUAGGGCAAUAUUUGUGGACUACGACGGCACGUUGGUUCCCCAGACAUCCAUCAACAAGCAACCCAGCGCCGAGAUUAUAAGGAUCAUCAAUGCACUCUGUGCCGAUAAAAAGAACGUAAUCUUCGUUGUCAGUGGAAGAGGGCGGGACAGCUUAGGCAAAUGGUUCUCUCGGUGCAAAAAGCUUGGGAUUGCAGCUGAGCAUGGCUUCUUCAUGAGAUGGACCAGAGACAACGAAUGGGAAGCCUGUAGCCAGAGCACAGACUUCGGGUGGAUGCAAAUGGCCGAGCCAGUGAUGAAACUAUACACGGAAGCCACGGAUGGAUCAUAUAUGGAGACCAAGGAAAGUGCUUUGGUGUGGCACCAUCAAUACGCUGACCCUGGCUUCGGAUCUGCUCAGGCUAAGGAAAUGCUCGACCAUCUCGAGAGUGUGUUGGCAAACGAACCAGUCUUGGUGAAGAGUGGUCAGUUCAUCGUCGAAGUGAAACCUCAGGGAGUCAGUAAAGGCUUGGUGGCAGAGAAGAUCUUGUCGUCGAUGAUGGAGGACGGGAGACAAGCGGACUUUGUGUUGUGCAUCGGGGAUGACAGGUCGGACGAGGACAUGUUCGAAGGCAUUGCCGGCAUCAUGACGAGGAACCUGGUCGCCCCCCACACAUCGUUGUUUGCUUGCACGGUGGGGCAGAAGCCAAGCAAGGCCAAGUACUAUCUGGAUGACACCACCGACGUGGUAAGCAUGCUCGGAGCACUCGCUGAAUCCUCUGAAACAACCUCCUUCCCCGAGGAGAUCCCCGGACCACCACCCACGCUCGCCGAGAACAGAACCGAAACAUCACAAUGACCGAUCCAUCAGCUCUCUUUCACGGAGAACCAACAGGAUUAAUCCGGAUUGGUUGCACUUGUUCGGAUGGGUGGUAGCUUCGUUAGCAUUCACGUCCACAAACUGAGCUGAAGACACCGAAUGCUUUCAGGCCUUCCUAAUUGUUUCCAUUUCAACUCUAAAUGGGAGCUCUGUUCUUAGA